UCAACUCCUUGGAAGAAGAAGAAGUGUGCGAAGCUUCGCUAUGAACGAUGGAGCCCCAUGAGACACCAACACCCGACAGUGGCACAACCCUGAAGAAUCAACGGAAGCUUACGGACACCGACCCCACCACCGAAUCAGUUCUCAACAUCUCCACUAAGAGCCGAACCAUCUACAGCACUCUUGACGAAGCCCUACCACAAUGUGGCCGCCGCUUCCAUGCCAUGCUGAUCGCUGCUCUACUCGUCUUCGUAUUCACUGCCGCCGCCGCAACGAUGCUCUCUCAGCGCCUGGCAUCCAACAAGGACCUCUACUGCCGCGCACGCUCCUGUUACCAAUACAGCGCCCUCAUCCACGAGUCUAUAAACACCACCGUCAAUCCUUGCGAGAACUUCUACCGCUUCGUCUGCACCGGCUGGAAUAAACGCCACCCAUUCCCUGUCCGCGAAGCCAUCUUCCGGAACUAUCGGCGCAGCAUCAUGGAUAGUGCGUCGUCCAUGAAAGUCCGCGGCAACCAUAACACGCCGAUGCAGAAGGCAGCUAAGUUCUACCAGUCAUGCGUAGAUGUCUUGAACGCGCCAGUAGCGCCAUCUACCAAGGGGCUGACGAGAACACUGAAGUCUGUGGGUGUCCACUGGCCACGCCUUGUGGAAGACGUCGAUGUGUUGGACACGUUGGUCAAGCUGCACAUUAAUUGGCGGUGGGAAGCCGUGAUGAAGAUCGAGGUAGUCAAGCCACGAGACGAUGCGCGUCCGAAGCCAGGUCUAAGCCACCAGCACAAAGUUAUCCUGUCCAGCUCCGACUUCCUUGCGGAAAUUCUGGACAGAAGGGAGAUCAUGAUCGAACGUGGAACUUACAGAGCGUACUAUAAGACGUUGCACGAUGCUUUCGCUGUUCCUGGUGAGGACACGAUAGAUUUCGAAGCGUUCGGGGUCGUCGAAAACGGUCUGGUACCGAUCUUGAAAAGCGUUCAGGGACGUGACAGACGCAGUUCAUUGUGGCUCGAUGAACCGCACGAAAGCCCAAUAAUACCGGUCGAGUAUCUUGAAAAACUGAGGGACGUCCUGAAGAAACGCUGCAACAUACCCUUGUAUCAGAGCGUGAAAGUCUACGUUGAGGACUGGAAAUUCGUUCGCGCUUUCUUCAUCCUCUUACAGCAGUUCGGAGAAGAGACUACGUUCGCUUACUUGGGCUGGACUGUGGCUCAGAGACUUGCCUUGAUUAGUAUACCCGAUGUGGUAACGUUAUUUUAUGGCGGACAUAGAAACGCACAGAUGCAACAUCCAUCCUUCUGCUUUGAUUUCGUAGAAAACUUAAUGGGCUUCGCACUCGAUGCCGUCGUGACGUCACUGAAGCUUACGCCGACAGUCUUGAAGGACAUCACGACUCUCAGCAGCAGCAUUGAAGCGCUGCACGACACGUCGCUCACGCAAUACUUCUUUCGUAACCUUAACCUAACUUCCAAGGUACAGCCACAACAUAAACUCGACGCAGCCCUGCAGCACCUCGCGAAGUUCCUCCCGGAAAGUCUCCAAGUCUCGUACAAGAACUAUUCCGAGAUGAAGGAUUCAGCACUUGGAAACUGGCGUGCCGCGAGCGAAGGCUACAGGCACUCCAAUCCAGAAGACGUUGUAACACACCGGUUCGCGACGGACACACAGGUGCAUUAUCACGCAUUCGACCGCAGGGAGGGAAACUUCCUGCUGAUGCCGUGGGCUCUACAGCAUCCGUUUUACGAAGUAGACUACCCAUCUUCGAUUAAGUAUGGAAAUGUAGGAGCUCAACUGACAACGAUUCUUUCGGAACGAUUCUUCAGAACUGGAGUCAUCUGGGACGAAAGAAGCAGGGCACUGGUUCUUCGAUAUAUCCGAUGUUUCUUACCAGGGCUGAGUACCUUGAGCAACGUCACCAAUGAAAUAGCAUCGCAAGUUCAUUCCAUAUUUACGCUGGGCGUUCUUUGGAACGCGUACAGGCCCUCUGCCACGCUAGGCAAGCGACUGCCGAUGGGACGAUUCACGCAGGAUGAGCUCUUCUUUCUGUCUUGGUGCUACACGCACUGCAGUGCCCCGGGAGCUUCCGAAGGCAUCUGCAACGUACCGUUGAGGAAUUUUAAGCCUUUUGCGGACACGUUCAAAUGCGGAAAAGCGAACGGGAUGACGAGUGACACAGACUGCGGUAUGUCGACUUGAAUGGUGGUCACGUGGAUGUAACUAAAUGUG